AUGGUUGAUGAUAAGAGCGGAGGGCAGCGUUGCUUCGGCAUCAAAAACAAUUCCAAGAGCGACUCAGAUAAGCAGAAGAACCUUCGAAAGGACUUGCCGAUUGUCGCCCAUGAGUUUAGUUUGGAUGAGCUCGCCGCGGAGUACAGCGUCUCUCUAGAGAGAGGACUUACGUCGGCACAAGUUCUCGAGAGUCGCCAAAAACACGGCCCAAAUCGGUUGACGCCACCGAAAGUCAAACCGGCAUGGUGGGUGGUCCUGUACUUGGAGCAGUACACCAACUUCUUCUCCUUGCUGCUCAUCGCGGGUGGCAUCCUGUGCUUCAUAGCGUAUGGCAUCGACCAGUCCGAUGCUUCCAAUCUGUACCUGGGGGCGGUGCUCAUCGCGGUGGUCUUCAUCUCCUCCACGUUUGCAUAUUUUCAAGAGGCGAAGUCGCAGGCCAUUAUGGACGGGUUUAAAUCUCUGAUCCCUAAGAAGUGCAAGGUGGUGAGGGAUGGGGCAGCCAACGUGUUAGAUGCCGUGGAGCUCGUCCCCGGAGAUCUAGUGGAGUUCCAGGAGGGCGACCAAGUCCCUGCUGACGUCAGGGUUAUCGAUUCGUACAACCUCAAAGUGGACAACUCGGCACUGACUGGUACGUCCGUACAUCCGUACAUCCUUACGAAGGGGUUAGGAGGUGCAAUGAUUAUUCCCGCCAUCGAAGCCACCAAUCUGCUGUUUUACUCCACCAUCGUGGCCUCGGGACACGGCCGGGGUGUCGUCAUUGGUACGGGAGAUAAUACCGUGAUGGGGCAGAUCGCCGGGCUUACCGGGGAGACCCAAGGGGAUAGCCAACCGCCAAUUGUACGGGAGGUGAACCGCUUCAUCACCAUCAUCUCUGGCAUCGCCAUCACCAUCGGUAUCGUGUUUUUGGCUGUGGGAAUCGGCUUGGGGGUCAUGACUGUCGUACAGGCUCUGGUAUUCGCCAUCUCCGUCAUCGUGGCCGUUGUCCCGGAGGGUCUCCUGGUGACCCUGACGGUGGCCCUGGCGCUAACCGCCAAGAGAAUGCACAACAAGAACGUGCUGGUCAAGAACCUUCAAUCAGUGGAGACUCUGGGCUGUACGACAGUCAUCGCGUCGGAUAAAACCGGAACGCUAACACAGAACCGCAUGACUGUGCAGCAUUGCUGGUACGACAACCAGCUGUACGACGUGCCGGCGGCUCGCAACAUGCCGGAGCUUCAGAAGAUGAUGGCUGAUUCCGAAAAGAAAGGUCCGUCACAAGGCUGGCCGCUCUUUGAUCCGAAGACUUCCUCCUUCCAAAUGCUGCAGCGAAUUGCAACGUUGUGCAAUAACUCGGACUUUAUCGUACAGGAUAAGUUCGAUCCGACUCGGCCUCUGUUGGAUUUAGAGAAGGAGGCGCUGAGCUCGGAUUUCAAUCUCCUGGGGCUUCAGACCACAGGCGACGCUUCUGAGAGCGGCCUCAUCAAGGCGGUCCAGCUGCUGCAUGACGUGAAGAAGUACCGGGCCGAAUAUCCCAAACUGUUCGAAAUCAAAUUUAACUCGACCAACAAAUACCAGAUCGGCAUUCAUGACCAAAGGAAGGACGGCGAUACGCGUCCACUGCUGCUCAUGAAGGGCGCCCCCGAGCGCGUCUGGGCCGCCUCGUCGUACAUCCUCAUCAAUGGUCACCAAGUGCCCAAAACCGAGAAAUGGGAGGCCGCCUUCAACUCGGCCUACGAGUCCCUGGGGGCGCUGGGAGAGCGCGUGUUGGGUUUCGCCUACGCGAACCUUGACGGCCUGCCCCACAACCACCCCUGGACUGACCAACCCGCGCCAAACUUUCCCGUACAAGGCCUUGUGUUUUGUGGCCUGAUGUCGCUCAUUGAUCCGCCGCGUCUGGGCGUGCCGGAGGCCGUAACCACCUGCAAGCGGGCCUCCGUGCGCGUGUUCAUGGUGACAGGCGACCACCCGAUCACCGCUCGGGCCAUAGCCGAGCAGAUCGGCAUCCUGGACAAGGAGGUGGUGGCCCGAGGCAAGGGCAAGGUGGUGACGGGAGACGACAUUCGCAAUCUGAUGGCCAUCGAUGACGACGCCAAGCGGGAGGCCGCCUGGGACGAUAUCUUGUUGAAGAACGAGCAGAUUGUGUUUGCCCGAGUUACCCCGGCGCAUAAACUGCUGAUCGUGGAGAACAACCAGCGCCUGAAGCGCGUUGUGGCGGUUACAGGUGACGGUGUUAACGACGCCCCUGCGCUCAAAAAGGCGGAUAUCGGCAUCUCCAUGGGCAUUGCUGGAAAGGACGUGUCGAAGGAGGCAGCGGAUAUGAUUCUCAUGGACGACAACUUUGCCUCCAUCGUCAACGGGGUGGAGGAGGGUCGGCUCAUUUUCGACAACCUCAAAAAGUCGAUCAACUACACCCUCACGUCCAAGGUUCCGGAGCUAUCUCCUUUUUUGCUGUGGGUGAUUGCUGGCAUACCGCUCGCCACAACCACCAUUUUGAUUCUGGCCAUCGAUCUGGGAACGGAUAUGAUCCCCGCCAUCUCCUUCGCGUACGAGACCCGGGAGGCAGACAUCAUGUCCCGACCGCCCCGUGACGCACACUCGGACCACCUCGUCAAUCUGAAGCUGCUGCUGUUCACGUACCUGCACAUCGGCGUGAUGCAGGCUCUGGCGGGCUGGUUCGGCUUCUUCGUGUGCAUGAACGACUACGGUUACAAUCCCCGCGUCAUGUACGGCAUCGGACACUCCUGGGAUGAUGCACAGCUGCUUUGCAGUAUCAGAGAUGAUGGCACGGUGUCCAAGUGCGGCUUCGGUUGCAAGGGCCCGAACUCUGCAGCCGUUACAGAGGCGGUUGUCGCCGCCGCCGGGCUGGCGAAGUUCUCCGCCGCUGCCGCCGCAAUGCGCACCGCCACCGCUGACUUUUGCAAGGAAGGUUGCUUUGCCAGCAACAACUAUAGCGACCCAUUUUCGGAGUUUGCGCCGGGCGGCCGCGGCUUCCGAGGUUUCGCCUUGGGGCCCGAGGCGGUUUGCAGUCGUACAUGUUCCUGGUACAACGGACUCGGCGCCGCGGAGAGGGCCUUUUAUCUGACUGAAAGUACCAGUACGACAUCGCCGUACCGCAACAUUCUGACGCCCGAAGACGAUAGGAACUUCAAGUACUUCUGCGGCUCCGCCUUCAACGCCACCCUCUCCGCAACCUUUGGUUUCGGAGGCCGCGGCGAAGUGGACAAAAACGCCGAAGCGCCGACGGGAUCUCUGUACUAUUGGCGUGCGGCACACCAAAACGUACCAAACCCCACCUACCAACGACACGUGUUAUCUCAGGGACAGACAGCAUACUUCGUAGCGGUGGUAAUGAACAAGAUUAUCGCGGCGCUGAUGUCCAAGACUCGGAAGCUGUCGAUUUUUUCACAGGGUGUUCUGAACAACAAAUUCAUGUUGGGAGGCUUCGUCUUCGAAGCAUGCCUGGUGGUGCUCAUCGCCUACGUGCCGCCCUUAAACGUCGUGUUCAACACCGGGCCGAUCUCCGGUCUUCAUUGGCUGCCCGGGCUGCCGUGGUUCUUGCUGUGUUUCGUGUACGAUGAAACACGCAAGGCCCUCAUGCGCGCGAAUCCGGGCGGUUGGGUGGAGCGGUUAACGUAUUGGUAA